AUGGGCUUCGCUCCUCGUGGCCGUGGUGGUCCCCCUCGUGGACGUGGUGGAUUCGGUGACCGUGGUGGUCGUGGCGGUGGUCGCGGCGGUGGUCGUGGUGGCUUCGGUGACCGUGGUGGCCGCGGAGGUGGCCGUGGUGCUCCCCGUGGAGGCCGCGGUGCUCCUCGCGGUGGUCGUGGUGCUCCUCGUGGAGGUGGUGGUGCCCGUGGUGGUGCCAAGGUUGUCAUUGAGCCCCACCGUCACGCCGGUAUCUUCGUCGCUCGUGGCGGCAAGGAAGACAUGCUUGUCACCAAGAACUUGACCCCUGGUGAGGCUGUUUACGGCGAGAAGCGUAUCUCUGUUGAUGGCCCUGCCAAUGAGGAUGGUGCUGCCACCAAGGUGGAGUACCGUGUCUGGAACCCUUUCCGCUCCAAGCUUGCUGCCGGUGUUCUGGGUGGUCUCGACGAUAUCCACAUCAAGCCAGGUGCUAAGGUCCUCUACCUGGGUUCUGCCUCCGGUACCUCCGUGUCCCACGUCGCCGAUAUUGUCGGACCUACUGGUAACGUCUACGCUGUCGAAUUCUCUCACCGUUCCGGUCGUGAUCUGAUCAACAUGGCCACUCAUCGCACCAAUGUUGUGCCAAUCGUUGAAGACGCGCGCCAUGUUCAGAAAUAUCGCAUGUUGGUGCCCACCGUCGAUGUCAUUUUCGCAGACGUUGCCCAGCCUGAUCAGGCCCGAAUUGUUGGCUUGAACGCACACAUGUUUUUGCGCGACGGCGGUGGUGUUUUGAUCUCUAUCAAGGCCUCGUGUAUCGAUUCGACAGCCAAGCCCGAGGUUGUUUUCGCCCGGGAGGUCCAGAAGAUGCGUGAGGAGAAGAUCAAGCCCAAGGAGCAGCUGACCCUCGAGCCUUUCGAGCGUGACCACUGUAUCGUUGCCGGUAUCUACACCCGUUCCGGUUAA